GUCACGGAGCGCUUAAGAGGAAGGUCCGGCGGGGCGGUGGAGCCCCAGUGGCAGAGGCUGUGAAACUUGGGGGAGUGUGCGGAGACUGCGGGAGCGCACGCGGGUCCAGACUGCGUCUCAAGACGGGCGCCGGUCCCGGGUAGGAGGAGCAGGAGCCAGCCGGAGAUGCCCUGUAUCCAAGCCCAAUAUGGGACACCAGCGCCAAGCCCAGGAGCCCGUGACCAUCUGGCAAGCGACCCCCUGACCCCUGAGCUCAACAAGCCCACCAUGGACUUGGCCACCCCUGAGACAGUCCCUGCUGCCCCCACUGCCUUGCCCAGCUUCAGCACCUUCAUGGACGGCUACACUGGAGAGUUUGACACCUUCCUCUACCAGCUGCCAGGAACAGCCCAGCCGUGCUCCUCAGCCUCCUCCUCAGCCUCUUCCACAUCCUCAUCUUCAGCCACCUCCCCUGCCUCUACUUCCUUCAAGUUCGAGGACUUCCAGGUGUAUGGCUGCUACCCAGGCACUCUGAGCGGCCCAUUGGACGAGACCUUGUCCUCUAGCGGCUCUGACUACUACGGCAGUCCCUGCUCAGUCCCAUCACCGUCCACGCCCAGCUUCCAGCAACCCCAGCUCUCUCCCUGGGAUGGCUCAUUUGCCCAUUUCUCACCCAGCCAGACUUACGAAGGCCUGCGGGCAUGGACAGAGCAGCUGCCCAAGGCCUCUGGGCCCCCCCAGCCCCCAGCCUUCUUCUCUUUCGGUGUCCCCACUGGCCCCAGCCCCAGCCUUGCCCAAAGCCCCCUGAAGCUGUUCCCCUCACAGGCCACCCACCAGCUGGUGGAAGGUGAGAGCUAUUCCAUGCCAACAGCUUUCCCAGGCCUGGCGCCCACCUCCCCACACCUUGACAGCUCGAGGUUGCUGGAUGUACCUGUGACCUCGGCCAAAGCCCUGAGUGGGGCUCCCAGUGGAAGUGAGGGCCGCUGUGCCGUGUGUGGGGACAACGCUUCAUGCCAGCAUUAUGGCGUCCGUACUUGUGAGGGCUGCAAGGGCUUCUUCAAGCGCACAGUGCAGAAAAACGCCAAGUACAUCUGCCUAGCCAACAAGGACUGCCCUGUGGACAAGAGGAGGCGAAAUCGCUGCCAGUUCUGCCGCUUCCAGAAAUGCCUGGCUGUGGGCAUGGUGAAGGAAGUUGUCCGGACAGACAGUCUGAAGGGGCGACGGGGCCGGCUCCCUUCAAAACCUAAGCAGCCCCCAGAUGCCUCCCCUGCCAACCUCCUCACUUCCCUGGUCCGGGCACAUCUGGACUCAGGGCCCAGCACUACCAGACUGGACUAUUCCAAGUUCCAGGAGUUGCUGUUGCCCCGUUUUGGGAAGGAAGAUGCUGGGGAUGUGCAGCAGUUCUACGAUCUGCUCUCGGGUUCCCUGGAGGUUAUCCGCAAAUGGGCCGACAAGAUCCCUGGCUUUGCUGAGCUGUCACCCAGUGACCAGGACCUGCUGCUGGAGUCGGCCUUUCUGGAGCUCUUCAUCCUCCGCCUGGCCUACCGGUCCAAGCCUGGUGAGGGGAAGCUCAUCUUCUGCUCAGGCCUGGUGCUACAUCGGCUGCAGUGUGCCCGUGGCUUUGGCGACUGGAUUGACAACAUCCUAGCCUUCUCACGGUCCCUCCACAGCUUGGUUGUCGAUGUCCCUGCCUUUGCCUGCUUGUCAGCUCUCGUCCUCAUCACCGACCGGCACGGGCUGCAGGAGCCACGGCGGGUGGAGGAGCUGCAGAACCGCAUUGCCAGUUGCCUGAAGGAGCACAUCUCGUCUGUGGCGGGUGAGCCCCAGCCGGCCAGCUGCCUGUCCCGCCUGCUGGGCAAGCUGCCUGAGCUGCGGACCCUGUGCACACAGGGCUUGCAGCGCAUCUUCUACCUCAAGCUGGAGGACUUGGUGCCCCCUCCACCCAUCGUUGACAAGAUCUUUAUGGACACGCUGCCCUUCUGACCCCAGCCUGGGAAUAUCCGUGCACAUGUGUGUGUGCACUCGUAUACCACCCCACGUGCCUUUAGCCCAUGGCCCACGAACCCUAGAGCAUUGCCUGCCCCUCAGCUGGGUUUGAGCUGCAGACUGACUGAUCUCCUCAUUUGCUCUAGGAUGUCGGCAGGAAGCUCAAGCCCUGGGGGAGGAGAGUGCAUUCAUGGGAGUGACCCCCGCACUAUUUGUCUUACCCCCCCAAACCCCUGGCCUUCAUGUUUUUAUAAGAUAAACCGUUUUUAACACACACUGCCAUGCUGUAAAUAAGCUGAAUGCUGCUGUAAAUACAGGAAGGAAGAAGUUGAGGUGGGAGUGGGGGUUGGGAAGAAGAGAUAAGGGCCCCCCACCAGCCUGGGCUAGUCUUUUCCAGCCUCCUUGUGUUUGCUCUCUCUUCCCACCCUCCUUCCACGUGUACAUAACUGUCACUGUAGGAGGAAGACAAAUGACAGAUUCUGACAUUUAUAUUUGUGUAUUUUCCUGGAUUUAUAGUAUGUGACUUUUCUGAUUAAUAUAUUUAAUAUAUUGAAUAAAAAAUAGACAUGUAGCUGAAACUG